GAGGAGGACUCUUUUAACUGUUUUAGAUGACUCGGUAAUGAAAGAGUAAUUGACACAGAAAUGUUGACUUUCAUAACCUGCAAAUGUGACAAGCAACAUUUAAUUAACUUAGAAAUAAAUAAAAAAAUAGGGAAGGAUGUCUCUAUCUCUCUCUUUCUAGCUAUCUAGCUAUCCAUCGAUCUAUCUAUCUCACUCACACCUAUUCCCACCGACACACACAAAUACACAGGGCAAGUCAGGAGCAAGCACGAACUGGCUCACGAACAAGCAAACCAUAGCAAGAUCAAGCGGGUACUGAGUGACGUCACGCUGAAGGACGAAGGAAGAGGUGGGCAAAGAGAUGUCACGGAGAGGUGGCCGGAUGUCACCUCUCGUAAUGCCAGAUGAUUCACGGAAAACAUAAAUUAGUGUUAAUGAGACUCCGUUUAUUCGUCUGUUUACGUAUCUCCUUCUCCUUAGUUUUGCAGGUCAUGUUGCGACGACUUGACCUCGCUUGCCCCUGUGAUUGUAGGAAUGAAAGACUUGCAAUAACAGACUAAACGGAGGAUUUUGACUUUGUGUUACUUUUUUUCCAUGUCAAAAUAAAGUUUAACACCUCGUACACAUUCCUAAUUUUUUAACACGCAAAUUUGGCUGCAUUUUAUCGUUGUAUACAGAUCACCUUUACGUUCUUUUAACCAAUUCAUAUUUUCUUUUGACUCUCUCAGCCUCAGGUAAUGACACAAUGAUAUAGACCUUUCAGAUGUGAGACAAGCGUAAUUCACGUAAAACAUUCGAUAUAUGAUCCAGGUUUAAUGAAGAACUCGUAUUCAAACGUAUGAAUCUUAACUGUGUGUAUUUUGAUAACAAUAAAGCCUCUAAGAAUAUGAAAUAAACGUAAUGUAUAAGCUAAACCAUUCAUGUCAUGACCUUGCUCCUUCAUCUCUCUUUAACUGAUGAAAACAUUAAAAAAAAGAGUUGAUGAGUGUCGUCUGCGGUCACCUCCCACCCGCGAGACUGAGGAGGUAGAGUGAGAGGAGGAGCGGCACUAUAUAAACCGGCGGGAGGGCUGUUGCUGAACACUCGACUGACGGAGGAAGGAGGAUGAACGCAGCACAGGCGGUCGGCGUGGUGGUGGUGAGCGUGGUGGUGGGGGAAGCAAUGGGUGGGUCACUCAAAGUCCACCCGUCACCCUCCACCUACAGGCCCCACUACAACACCCCGUACACCCCGGCGCCACACCACGCACCCGUAUACUCCCCUAAACCUACUUACGCCCCUAAAAGAACGUACACAGCAGUAUACACUCCAACACCUACUUACGCCCCACCUCCCUACUCACCCAAGCCAACCUACGCCCCCAAACCUACUUACGCCCCACCUUCCUACUCACCCAAGCCAACCUACACCCCAACACCCACGUACGCCCCACCAGCGUACUCGCCCAAGCCAACCUACGCCCCUCAACCUACCUACGCCCCCACAGUCUACACACCCAAGCCUACCUACACCCCUGCACACUCCUCUACGCCUGCCUACUCCCCUAAGCCAGCCUACACCCCCGUAUACACCCCCAAACCCACCUACGCCCCAGCCCCAGCCUACAAGCACUCCCACUUACACAAAGAGGACCACUACUACCACGACGAGCCCACAAACUAUGACUUCGGCUAUGGUGUGUCAGACAAGUACCAUGGCACCACAUUUGGCCACUCAGAGAAGCGUGCCGGCUACCGCACAGAGGGCCAGUAUUUCGUGGAUCUACCGGACGGCCGCAGGAUGGUGGUAACUUACUACAGCGACGACACUGGUUACCACCCCACCAUCACCUACGAGGGCACCCCCACCUACCCAACCCAUCCCUCACCCUACAGUCCUAAACCAGUGCACAAGCCUCUAUACAGUCCCAAACCACAUGUCUACAAACCCAGACCAACCUACAAGCCCUUAUACACGGGUCAUUAGGAGAUCCUCACUUUCUCUUUCCUCUUUGAUUCUCUAACUUAUGUUAAGAAUAUCUGCUGACUGUAUGAUUGUUAUGUAGCACUAUCCUCAUUUUCAGAAUCUUACUAAAAACUAUAGCUAAGGACAACAAGUUCCCUGGAAACAAGUGCAGACAAUAAAGUUAUGCCAAGUAGCUAAUGGGCACAAGGGUUCAAGGAAGACCACAGGUUAAGGAUAAUGUACUGUCUGUAUUAUCAAAUAUCAUUCCCCACUCACUCCAUACUUGCUUUGUGACAUCAUGUGACAAUAUUGUUUGGGAAGUAUAGAAAGUGGAAAUGUAUUCAAGCUUCGCUUUUAUUAGAAUUGAUCACGAACCAACCACGACUUUCAUCUUUGGUAUAUUUUAUUCACUAGGAAGAAAAAUAAAAUUUGUGCUGCGAGAAACAUCCUUAGUGUUACUACCCAAGUUGCACAUAAUUAUUUUUCAAUUAAAAAUACUUGUACAUCAACUGAUACAAAUAUAUUACAAUUAGUCUUAAAUAUCUAAAAUCAUUAUGAAUAACAAAUCAGAUACAAAACAAUGUCAGUCUUGAGUGCUUUGAACUCAUGUGUCAUGGCAGUCGGCACACACACGGACACAUGCACAUGGAGCAGAAAGCAGUGCGUCUGAUCAGAUCAGUGCUCUCUCUCUCUGUCUCUCUCUCUCUCUCUCUCUCUCUCUCUCUCUCUCUCUCUCUCUCUCUCUCUCUCUCUCUCGCUCUCUCUC